CGAAGAAAUGUAAAGUACAGAUGAGGUUAUCCUUAACAAAAAAAACACACACACAGUUAGUCCGGCCGUCUGUACAAUUCAUAUGUGCAAACAGCUUUGGUACACCAUGAAAGAAGAAAGUCAACAGUAUCCUGCUCUCUCAAUCAUCAACUCCACCACAUUCCCAUAAUCUCAUGAAAACUUGGGCUUUUCCCAGAUUUGGGAACUGAGAAUUCCGAAACUGUAAAACAAAAAAAUAUGCAUCUGAUAAAUGUGGUGGCGCUGGUUCAUGUGGCGAUCAGGAACGGCGGCGUAUUGGGAGCCGAAAUCGAAUUUGGAACAGUUUGGUGGUUUGUAUAUGCAGGGAUCUCAUGUGUUUUAGUGUUGUUUGCCGGGAUUAUGUCCGGAUUGACGUUGGGUCUAAUGUCCUUGGGCCUCGUCGAACUCGAGAUCCUCCAGCGUAGCGGUACAACCUCGGAGAAAAAACAGGCCGCCAAAAUACUUCCGGUGGUUCAGAAGCAACACCAGCUUCUCGUGACAUUGCUUUUAUGUAAUGCUGCAUCAAUGGAGGCCCUUCCAAUAUACCUUGAUAAACUUUUCAAUCCAUAUGUUGCAAUUAUACUAUCUGUGACUUUUGUUCUAGCAUUUGGGGAGGUUAUUCCUCAAGCAAUAUGUACCAGAUAUGGACUUGCUGUAGCUGCAAAUUUUGUUUGGCUGGUCCGCAUUCUAAUGAUCAUUUGUUAUCCAAUUGCUUAUCCUAUUGGGAAGAUUCUAGACUGUGUACUAGGACACAAUGAGGCACUGUUUAGACGAGCCCAGCUGAAGGCUCUUGUCUCUAUCCACGGCCAGGAGGCUGGUAAAGGAGGUGAGCUUACACAUGAUGAGACAACAAUUAUUAGUGGAGCACUAGAUUUGACUGAGAAGACUGCCGAGGAAGCCAUGACACCAAUCGAAUCAACUUUUUCCUUGGAUGUCAAUUCAAAGUUGGACUGGGAGGCAAUGGGAAAGAUUUUGGCUCGGGGUCAUAGUCGAGUUCCUGUCUAUUCUGGCAACCCUAAAAAUAUUAUUGGACUUUUACUGGUAAAGAGUCUUCUUACUGUCAGAGCAGAAACAGAGACCCCAUUGAGCGCUUUUUCUAUACGGAGAAUUCCACGUGUUCCUGCAGAUAUGCCACUAUAUGACAUACUCAACGAGUUUCAGAAAGGUAGCAGUCACAUGGCAGCUGUUGUGAAGCCAAAAGGGAAUAACAAAAUACCUCCACCGAUUGAAGAGAAGUCUGAAGAGAAUGAAGUGACAAAUGGAAAUUCAGACUUAACUACUCCAUUGCUAUUGAAGCAAGAAGAGAAACUGGAAAGUGUUAUUGGAGACAUCGAAAGGUUUCCCAGACCAGCUUCUAAAAACAACUUAACAUAUAUUGAUGCAGUUACUAAUGGAUUGGUCCCUUCAUCAGAUGAUGCUGAAGAUGGUGAAGUAAUUGGCAUUAUUACCUUGGAAGACGUAUUUGAAGAACUUUUGCAGGAAGAAAUUGUUGAUGAGACAGAUGAAUUUGUCGAUGUACACAAAAGGAUACGUGUGGCAGCAGCUGCCGCUGCUUCAUCUGUUGCGCGUGCCCCAUCAAGUCGGAGGUUAACUGGCCAUAAAGGAGCUGGAGGCCAAAUUAAGCAAGGGCAGACCCCCAAGAAGUCGGGCAAGGACGACUCGACCUCUGCAAGAUUGCAAAGGAAUCUUGGUGAGCCACUUACGGUAACAAAAGAUAGAUGUGGGCUUUAACUGGUUUGAGCUGAUCACCCUGCUCUUGAUGAGAUUAUUGUAAUGUUGGUGAAGUAAGAAAGACUAGAAAUUAUUACAAUGGUAUGAUAUAUCUUUGUGAGUACAUAUUGUUUUUUGUGUUGACCUAAAAAUUUUGCAAUAUAAGCAAAUGAAAUUUCUGGUUAUAAAUGUUGCUCUAA